AAAGGAGUCAAGAUUAGUCUUUUAAGCCAUAGCCAAUACCCAAUUUGCAAAGACAGAGGAAGAGAGAGAGAGAGAGAGGAAGCGAGAAGAAAGAAACAGCCAUGUUCUGAGGAAGGAGACAUGCAUCAUCAUCAUCAUCAUCAUCAUCUUCAUCUUCAUCUUCAUCAUCAUAUCUCAAACUGAUUACUUAACUUCUCUUUCUCUCCUAUCUCAUUACCAAAUCCAAAACACCAAAGGUUCGCGUGAAAGAUGAGCUGAUUCCUUCUAUUCAAAAUCCCUCUUCUCACUCUCUUUGUGUGUUGCAUGUAUGUCCUUUUUUGAAGUAAAAAGAUUUGAAGACAAUGCAAGUGUUUCAUCAAAGGAAAGAUUCAUCUUGGGGAAACUCAAUGCCAACAAACUCAAAUAUCCAAGGAUCUGAAUCUUUCACCUUGACAAAGGAUAUGAUGAUGUCUACUACACAAUUCCCUGGGAUGAAACAUUCGAGUUUGCAGCUGCAAGAUCAAGAUUCAUCCUCAACACAGUCUACGGGAGAAUCAGGCGGCGGCGGCGGUGGUGGUGAAGUUGCAAGCUUUGAAGAACGUAACCGUUAUGGAUGCAGCACUGUUAAUACCAAUCUCUCAGGGUACAUCGAACACCCGGGAAAGCCUAUUGAAAGAUAUACUAAGUCAACUUUCACCUCGUCUAUGGUUUCUCAAGAUUCUGUGUUUCCUCCUCCUACUUGUGGUCAAACACCUUGGUCUCUUCAAUGUGCUGAAACAUCACAUUUCAAUGGUUUCUUGCCUCAUCAUGAAUAUGCAUCAACACCAACGGUGCUACCACAUUUAGAGAUGAUGGGUUUGGUUUCUUCAAGAGUGCCAUUGCCUCAUAACAUUCAAGAGAAUGAACCAAUAUUUGUCAAUGCGAAACAGUAUCAUGCAAUCCUCCGUCGCAGGAAGCACCGUGCUAAACUCGAAGCUCAGAACAAACUCAUCAAAUGCCGUAAACCGUACCUACAUGAGUCUCGCCAUCUUCAUGCUUUAAAGAGAGCUAGAGGCUCUGGUGGACGUUUCCUCAAUACAAAGAAGCUUCAAGAAUCAUCAAACUCACUGUGUUCUUCUCAAAUGGCAAAUGUACAGAAUUUCUCUAAGAGCCCUCGCGGUGGUGGAAGCGGAAUCGGCUCUAGUUCAAUCACACCGAUCUCCAAUUCAAACCGUAUCAACAUGUUCCAAAACCCGCAGUUCAGAUUCUCAGGUUAUCCAUCAACACACCAUGUCUCAGCUCUCAUGUCAGGGACUUGAGAAGGCACCUGAGAAGGAUCUUGCUCCGGGAGAACUCCGAUAAAUUCCGGCGACCUGGUGAUCAUAUAUGACGGGAAGUCAUCCUUGGCUACUUUUUCUUAUCGGUUUCUUUACAAAAAUUCUUCCUUUAAAAACUUUGCUUUCCAUAUCCUAUGCAAUCUCUCACUCUAUAUAGAGUGGCUUGAAGAACUUUCAAAUCAUUGUCAAACUAUUUUGUUAAUUGAAAAUUUCGGAUUCUCUUGA